AUGGGGAAGAAGAAGCAGCUCAGGGGUCAAGAUAUGGAAUCCACUCGGAAUUGGGCCUCCAAGUUCCUCAGGGAUUUUCGCGCCUCCGGGCAAGAUGCUCACGACUUUGAUAGUAGCCUUUCCAAUACCGAACGUGGCAUCAUUCAUCAGAUGUGCCGUCAGAUGGGUAUGGGUUCUAAAAGUUCGGGGAGUGGGGAUCAAAGGUGUCUUACGAUUUUCAGAAGUGAAGCUAAAUCGUCAGUUUUAGAGAGGAGAAAUGGGAGAAGAGAUGGCAAGGGAGGAGAUAAGCAAUCAUCUGAAGAAAAGCUCAAACGUGUGUCAUUUCCACCGGAGGCAAAACCUGUUCUGCAGGAGUUGUUUACUCGCUAUCCACCUUGUGACGGAGAUACUACGGGGACGUCACUGGGGGUAUAUACUGGACACGUCGUCGGCAGUCAACGGAGGUGGAAAGAUGACUUCUUCUCCAAACCUCAGUUGAGCAAAGAAGAUAUCUUAAACAAGGUGGCAUCUCUGAGUUCUAGACUGGCAAAUGAUAGAGAUUUUCGGGAGAUCCUUAAAGCACGAAAGAAGCUUCCCAUCACAUCGUUUAGAGAUGCUAUUACAUCUGCAGUGGAAUCCAAUCAGGUUGUUCUUAUUGCUGGUGAAACUGGUUGUGGUAAAACUACUCAGGUGCCUCAAUAUCUUUUAGAUCAUAUGUGGUAUAGUAAGCGAGAAGCUUGCAAAAUCAUUUGCACCCAACCGCGUCGUAUCUCUGCUAUUUCAGUUUCUGAACGAAUAGCCUGGGAAAGAGGUGAAACGAUAGGUGACAACGUUGGCUAUAAGGUGCGGCUGCAAAGUAAAGGUGGAAGACAGUCAUCAGUUGUUUUCUGCACGAAUGGCAUUCUGUUGAGGGUGCUUGUAGGCAAAGGCAGUGGUAGCUGUGUUCCUGAAAUAACUCAUAUUAUUGUGGAUGAAAUCCAUGAAAGAGAUUGCUACUCUGAUUUCAUGUUGGCCAUUAUAAGGGACUUCCUUCCUUCAAAUCCUCAUCUCCGACUGAUUCUAAUGAGUGCUACUCUUGACGCUGAGAGGUUUUCUGGAUAUUUCGGAGGUUGCCCGGUUGUCAGGGUGCCUGGAUUCACUUACCCAGUGAGAACCUAUUAUCUGGAUGAUGUGCUUUCUGUCCUGAAAUCAGACAAGAAUAAUCAUCUAUUUUUUGCCGACUCGAACAUAACAGAUGGCAAGCUUGAGUUUAAAGAUGAAGAUAAAGUUGCGUUAGAUGAAGCAAUCGACUUGGCAUGGACAAAUGAUGAGUUUGAUGCUCUCGUAGAUUUAGUUUCUUCUGAAGGAACUCCUGAGAUUUACAAUUACCGGCACUCAUCGACUUGGCUAACACCACUUAUGGUCUUGGCUGGAAAGGGAAAGGCUAGCAGUGUCUGUAAGCUGCUUUCAUUUGGUGCUGACUGUCAACUGAAGUCCAAAGAAGGUAUGACAGCGUUAGAAUUGGCCGAAAAAGAGAAUCAGUUUGAAGCUGCUCAAAUAAUUAGGGAGCAUGCGGACAACUUCCAGUCCAAUUCUCAGCGAGCACAAGACUUACUUGAUAAGUAUAUGGCGACUAGCAAUCCAGAAGAAGUAGAUGUGGGUCUUAUAGUGCAUUUGUUGAGGAAAAUAUGCGGCGAUUCAGAAGUUGGUGCCGUUCUUGUUUUUCUACCUGGGUGGGAGGAAAUAAGUAAAACGAAAGAGAGGUUGCUUGCUAACCCCUAUUUUGCUGAUAGUGCUAAAUUCAGCAUUAUAUGUCUUCACUCAAGGGUUCCUUCAGAAGAACAGAAGAAAGUUUUUAAUCGUCCCGCUCGAGGUUGUCGCAAAAUUGUGCUCGCGACAAAUAUUGCUGAAUCAGCAAUUACUAUCGAUGAUGUGGUUUAUGUGAUAGAUAGUGGCCGGAUGAAGGAAAAGAGUUACGAUCCUUAUAAUGAUGUAUCAACGCUCCAAUCUUCUUGGGUUUCAAAAGCAAAUGCAAAACAGCGGGAGGGUCGAGCAGGCCGUUGCCAACCUGGCAUUUGUUAUCAUCUGUAUUCUAAACUCCGGGCAGCCUCUUUGCCUGAAUAUAGAGUUCCUGAAGUGAGGAGGAUGCCAGUAGAUGAACUCUGCUUGCAGGUAAAGAUGCUGGAUCCGAGUUGCAACGUAAAUUAUUUCCUUCAGAAAUUGAUGGACCCGCCUGUUGAUCAAAGCAUUGCAAAUGCCUUAACCACCCUUAAAGACAUUGGAGCGUUGACACCUGAAGAAGAGCUGACAGAACUUGGACAGAAGUUUGGUCAGCUUCCAGUUCAUCCUCGGAUAAGCAAGAUGCUUUAUUUCGCCAUAUUAGUAAACUGUCUGGAUCCAGCACUGAUUCUAGCAUGUGCAGCAGACACCAAGGACCCAUUUACAAUGCCCUUGAUGCCAGGUGAAAGGAAAAAAGCUGCUGCAGCGAAACUUGAACUUGCAGCGCUUUAUGGAGGCCACAGUGACCACCUUGCGACUGUUGCGGCAUUUCACUGCUGGAGAAAUGCAAAAGCAAGUGGUCAAGCUCAGGAGUUUUGUUCUCAAAACUUCGUCUCCCCAAAUGCUAUGAAGAUGCUGGAUAAUAUGCGUGACAAGCUUCAGGCGGAACUUAAAAGACAUGGGCUCAUCCCUAGCAAUGACUCAAACUGUAGCCUGAAUGCUCACGAUCCGGGUAUUCUCCGUGCUGUUCUAGCAGUAGGAUUGUACCCUAUGGUUGGAAGAAUGUGCCCACCUUCCAUGAACAAUAGAAGGUCUCUAGUAGAGACUAUAACUGGAGCUAAAGUUCGUGUGCUUUCAAACCAUUUAAACAUGUCCUCUAGCAAGGAUGAUGAUGAAGGUUUAAUCGUUUUUGAUGAGAUCACUCGAGGAGAUUGGGACGUGCACAUAAGAAGUUGCACUGCUCUUCCCACAGUUCAUUUGUUACUGUUUUCGGGAGAGAUAGCUGUGGCUCCUACAGAGAGCUGUGAUGACGAGGAAGACCACGAAGUGGAAAAUGUGAUGGACAUAGAUAAAGCAGCUGGUGGGCCUGGAGAGAAAAUAAUGCUUGCACCGGAAAAUUCAGUCAAGGUUGUAGUGGAUCGAUGGCUGCCUUUCGAGAUUACAGCUUUUGAAAUUGCUCAAAUGUACGUCUUGAGAGAGCGACUAGUGGCAUCCAUUUUGUUCAAGGUAAAACAUCCACAAGAAAAGUUGCCGCCUCAUCUCGGAGCUUCUAUGUAUGCCAUAGCUUGUAUUCUCUCAUAUGAUGGCCUCCCGAAAUCUUCAGCGCAAACUGUUGCUGUGGAACCUGUUGCUUCAACAGUAGAUGCAACGGGUCUUAGAGAUGAUGUACCUUGCGCUAAGAGUACUCCAAUGGGGUCAAAGCUCAAAUCAGUCAACACGUCGGGUUUGGGUAACACAGAAGAGACCUUGUCUUCCAGUCUCGCUAAUGGAAAUGCGCAACCUGACCCAAACACUGCUCCGACGGAACAAAAGAAGAAGAAGCAGUCAAAGUCCAAAAAGUGCAAGUCAGUGGACAAGGUGGAUUUGGGAAACAUAGAAGAGAACCCGCCUUGUGACAUGGCUAAAGAGAAUGAGGAAACAGACCCAAACACUGAUGCGUCAGAGGUUAAGGAACCAGAGAAGAAGCGAAGAAGGUCCAAAAAGCGAAAAUCAACCAACAACUUGGAUUUGGGGAACGUGGAAGAUAACACGCCUUGUGAUCUCGUUAAUGGGAAUGAGGAACAGAGCAUCCCUGGCAAUCUUGCUCAAGGGAUUGAGCAACCUGACCCUAAAAAGAAGAAAUCAAAAUCCAAAAGGCGCAAAUUAGAUGACAAGUUAGACUCGGGUAAUAACAUGGAAGAAGAAUGA